CUUCACCGGUGUCUCGGCCACGUUGGAUCAUCCUGUGUUCACAAAACCGUAUCCUCUUUCCGUGUACACCAGUGCACGCUUGUUUCGAGGAUCCGUGUGCCCGAUACCGGACACGCUGUUUUUUCGCGCAGAAACCGUGAAAUGACAUCGUGCAGCACGAUCAACAGGACACCGUGAGAAAAGGAUACUAAGAAGAGGAAGCAGGGGUAAAUUGAACUGUUGAGAGAAAACUCGAUCUGCGGAAAGAGGAGAAAUUAUACCGAUCAGACGUUUUCAGAAGUUCUGUUGAGUGGAACUAACGCGAAAGUGGACUUAACGAUCAACUGGUAUUCAGUCAGGUGUACACACGAACAACACACAAGCAUAUGACACACACACCAAUAACCACCAUCACCACCACAACAACAACAAAGAAUUUUGAGGAAGAUCGUCGAGGAAGAAGGAGAGAUAGAUCGUCUGUGGUUCGUCUAAAAUCAGCUGGUUCAUCAUGUAUGUCCGACAGAUCGAUCUAGUAAGCUCGCAAAAGCGGCUUGCCAGUGACUCUAUGGAGAAACAAAAGGUCUCGGAGCACAAGAUCACGAGGACAAUGGACGUGCCACAGCUGAAGCUGGGCAACUACGUGUUGAAGGCUGAGUUCGACGACCCCGAUGAGUUUUUCAGGGAGAAAGCAAGGGACGAGCUACGAGAGACGCCCGAGGUUGUUCAACAGGCACUGAAGGACAUCAGGAUGUUGCUGAAAGACGAGCCAGAGCUGAACGUGCCGGAUGACGAUGAAUUUUACCAGAAGUUCCUGCGACCUUGCAAAUGGUAUCCAAAAAGUGCUUUCGAGCUUAUGAAAAGGUUCUACCAGUUCAGGAAGAACAACCCGCGCUACUGUUCCAAAUUAUUACCCAGCACCGAGAAGAAGGUUUUGUCAUCAGAAAUUGUAAUACCGUUGCCGGAACGCACGAAAGAUGGUUGCAGAUUGCUUUUAAUUAACUCAGGGAGGAAAUGGAAUACUAAGGUCGUCAGCAUCGACGAGAUAUUACGAUCUGUUAUGCUGUCGCUGGACGCGGCCAUGGCUGAGCCCAAGACACAGAUCGGUGGUGUACACGUAAUGUUGAACAUGGACGGUUUCACGCUGACCCACGUGACACAUAUCACCCCAACAUUCGCUGCUACAGUGAUGGAAUGGGUUCAGAGGAGUUUACCCUGUCGUCUGAAGGGCAUCCACGUGGUGAAUCAACCUUUCAUAUUCAACAUGGUCUACGCCAUUUUUAAACCUUUCUUGAUGGAAAAAACGCGCAAGAGGCUCCAUUUCCACGGUACAAACAGGAAUACCUUGAUCUCUCAUCUGGGAACGAAAUGUCUACCCGUUGAAUUUGGAGGAGAAAUGGAGAUGCCUACCGAACCUAUUGGUCAGAGUGUCUGUGACUAUUUCUGCUGGUUCGAGAAGAAUUUCGAGGAGUCGAAUACGUACGGAUAUACCUGUUAAGUGUACAAAAUAAUAAGCGAGCGUCUGCAAUGGACGAUCAACCUCACACGAUCAAUGUCGAAGCGUGACGAAGUAACGAGAUCUCGCGAUUCGCGUUUUUUAUCGACACGAAACGAAGAGAA